AUCCAAACUCAAAGUUCUGUCAGAUCAGUAGAUUUAAUGGAUUCGUUUGUGUAUAAAUGUUUUGAGAUGCUAUUAAAAUUCUUACAAAAACUGAAAGUGAAAUGAGGAAGACUGAUUGAGCAAUCGACUAGAAGGGCGAAUGCCAGGAAGACCUAUUGUACAGUAGGGGCAGAGAUGCAGCAGUGCAGGGAGAAGAAAAUUCAGGAGAAUUCUCCUGAGGGUAAGAGCCAAGCUGGCCAAUGUAGUCAAUGUAGGACUUCAACAAACACAGAUAACAGGAAAUGACCUAUUCCUUGUGGUCACUUAUUUUAAAGACCUGAACCUUCAUAGUUCAAGGAGUGAAAUGAAUGACUCCACAGAAGGGAAGCAGUCACGCCUUUCUUGUUGUUUUAAGAGAAGAGAAGAAAUGAAACUGAAGGAGUGUGUCUCCAUCCUCCCCCAGAAGGAAAGCCCCUCUGUCCGAUUCUCCAAGGAUGGAACGCUGCUAGCCUUGACCUUGCUGCUAGCCCUGGUGUCCUGCUGCCUCACGGUGGUGUCUUUCUGCAGGGUGGCUGCCCUGGAAGCAGAGCUGAGGAGCCUCCGAGAGGAAGUGCAGGAACACCAAGCUGAGCAGCGUCCAGGCCCUCUCCAGGCGGGAGCAGCAGCAGCCAGGGCAGCUGUGCAGGAGGCUCCAGCUGCCACCUCGGUACUGAAAGGGAUCUUUGCACCACCAGUUUCAGGAGAAAGCAACUCCAGUCAAAGCAUCAGGAGUAAGCGUUCCAUUCAGGGUCCAGAAGAAACAGUCACUCAAGACUGCUUGCAACUGAUUGCAGACAGUGACAUGCCUACUAUACGAAAAGGAUCUUACACGUUUGUUCCGUGGCUUCUCAGCUUUAAAAGAGGAAGAGCCCUAGAAGAAAAAGAAAACAAAAUAUUGGUCAAAGAAACCGGUUACUUUUUUAUAUAUGGUCAGGUUUUAUACACCGAUAACACCUUUGCCAUGGGACACCUAAUACAGAGGAAAAAAGUCCAUGUCUUUGGAAAUGAAUUGAGUCUGGUGACUUUGUUCCGAUGUAUUCAAAAUAUGCCUGAAACACUACCCAAUAAUUCCUGUUAUUCAGCUGGCAUUGCAAAGCUUGAAGAAGGAGAUGAACUUCAACUUGCAAUACCACGUGAUGAUGCUAAAAUAUCUCGGGAUGGAGAUGGCACUUUUUUUGGUGCCUUGAAACUUCUGUGACCUGCUUACACCUUGUUUGUGGCAAUUUUCCUCCCAUUCUAUGUACCUCUAAGGAGAAAACACUUAACUGGAAAUACCAAAAGGAAAAAAGAGUAGUUACCAUAGCCUUUUAUGUGAGCUAUUUGUUUUGGUUUGCUGAAACUAGACCAAACAGGAAAUUUUAACAGACAACCACAGCCAAAGGGUGUCAUGUGGUUUACAAGAAAUAGAGCUCGUUUAAAGAAAGAUAGAAUUAGAAAGAUUUUUUCACUAUAAUGCCAGGAUGAACAACUUACUCAUAGUUUCUUGUCUUGGAGGAAGCACAGGGCUCAAAGGGGCAGAAAUGAUUUAUUCGAGAAUGGUGUUCCACUGUUUACUAUGAAACAAGUGCCCAUAUCUGUGGGACCGUAAGACCUUGAGGGGAGUCUCAGGUUCAUCCUUUGUUUUUGUGUGAAAUACACCCCUCUCCUUUUUCAGUUAAUAUUCUAGAUGGUAAAAAGAAAAAAGCACAGAAAUUUUGCAUUCACUACAUGAAAAAGUAAUUAAAAACCUAAAUUUAUACAUCAUAUUAAAUAAUUAGAUUCAAAAUAAGAUAUAGGUUACUUAAGUCUUUUUGGUUUAUUUCAAGUUUGCAAUUUUAUCUCUAAUAUUAUAUAUUACCUGAUGGAACGCUUCCACACAGUUUUCACAGAAAGGAAGUAAUUCUCUCAUGUGUCUGCACUCAUGUGUAUUUUUUGUAUCUAAUUUUAGUUACUUCAGAAAUUUAUUGUAGGGUAAUUUCAAUUUGUGCAUAUAAGCAUUAGUUGAAAAAUUAUAAGUGUUCUUAAAUAAAAAUAAAAUCUGCAAUAGAAGUUAAUGAAUACUUUUUAAUAAUGUAAUAUAAUUUCCCUUUAUUUCUAUUCUUCUGUUUUAAAGUGCUGCUACUGUAGUUCACAUAUCCCAGCCUUUAGAAAAUAGUUAUUAGCUUUAUCUAGGUUGAGGUUUAAUUAAACUUAUUGGUGUCCUGAAGUACAUUAUAUGCCAUAUGCUGUUAUAAAGAUUACCAUAUGCCAGAAGACAUCAUCCUAAUUUUCAUUUUAUAAAGAAUCUUAUUUGAGAAUGCUGUAAUACUUAACUUUAUCAGUUUCCCUUUCUUCCUUGUCUUUUUUCAAAUAUCAUCAGUUUGAAGAGUUUUCACUUCAUUAAACAGUUUACUUCAUUAAUUUAAACAGUAGCUGGAAAAAUAGACCCCGAUCAGCAUUAAUUUUCCGCAGUCUAUGUAAAAAUAUUUUUUAAUUUAAAUUUUAUUUUUAUAUUUUUGCAAAUUAAAAAAAAUGUAUUUUACAUUACCAUUUAUCACUCCGUACCAUCUUUUACCCUUCCCACCCCUUUCCCACACAGUAACCACACAAAGAUAUACUUUUCAAAAUAGAAGGAAUAAUUUGUAUUUUUUUGUAUAAAAUUAAACUUUGUUUAAAAC